UGCCACCUCGGUAUCCUAGCAUGGUAGGUGCAGUUUGUUUCACUCUAUAAUAUCGGAAGACGGCGUCCUUUUCGAUUUUGUAAAGACCUGUGAAGAAUUUUUUUUUUUCCGGACCAGCUGCAACAGUAAUGACUUCGACGGAGGGAUGCGAGAUUAUCAAGCUGCAGCCGGCGGCGAUCAUCGGAUUCGAUGGUCACGUCAUCGCCGGACUGCGAGUUCACCCGGAUCAGAGACAUCUGGUGUUUCCGCUUGGGAAUGAAAUUUCCGUCUACGAGCUCGAAACCAACAGACAGACGUUCCUGCGUGGCCACACGAAUACGAUUUCGACGGUAGACAUUUCCGCCUCAGGCAAGAUGGUCGCUUCCGGCCAGACCAACCACAUGGGAUUCCGCGCGUACGUGAUCAUCUGGGACUGGGAAAGCCGGAAGGAGAUCUCCCGGUACGAAUUGCACCGGGUCAAGGUGCAGUCGUUGUGCUUCUCGUCCAAUGAGCACUAUCUGGUCAGCUUGGGUGGAAAGGACUGCGGAUCGAUAAUCGUGUGGGAUAUCGAACAGAACAUGGCCAUUUGUGGAACUAUAGCAACUAAGGAAACCACUGGCGAUGCGUUGAAGGUUUGUGGACUGAACCAACGGUGGACGACAUUCGUUUCCGGGGGUGAUCAAAAUCUCCGAGUGUGGCACAUCGAUCGGGAUCGCAAGCGCCUCAACGUUCAGGACGUAGCCGUCGGGAAGCUGAGACGGGAAUUUACGGGAAUGCGCAUUACGGAAAAUGACGAGAUCCUGUACGUUGGCACCAUGAGUGGAGAUAUUGUCAAGAUUCGACUGAAUGUUAGUUCGGAUCCGAAUGCUCCGAUGCAGGACAAGAUUCCGGUUCUGUUGGGUUGCUUCGGGAAACACAAUCCCCGGAAACCGGUUGGGAAGGACUGCGAAAAGUACCACUACGGGGUACGGGAUUUGUUGAUCCUGCCCAACGGAAGCUUGAUCAUCGGAGCCGGGGAUGGAACGAUCGAAAUGGUUCACGAGAGGAACGUCAGCUUUAAGAACUACAACAGCCCAACGUGGCCGCAGUUGAAAUCGCUUCAAUCGGCUAAAGUGGGAGGCGUGAUCACGUCGCUUCAAAUCGUCAACCAAUACACGUUGCUGAUCGGUACCGAUGGAUGCGAGAUCUACUCGCUUGAGCUGCAGAACUUUAGCUCCAGUCUGCGAUUGCUCAAGACCUGCCACACCAACGCAGUCUACGAUAUCGCGUUCCCUUAUAACUUUUCUCUGGUCUUUGCCACCUCAAGUCACGAAUCGAUUCGGAUUUGGUCGACCUCCCGGAUGCAGGAAUUGCUUCGUAUCGUGGUGCCGAACUUUGCUUCGUCCUCGAUUGUGUUCAGCCGUGACGGGAAGAGUAUCAUCUCGGCGUGGAACGACGGGGUGAUUCGGGCGUUCACUCCACUGACCGGCAAGCUGAUCUAUGCCAUUCCGAAUGCCCACAACAAGGGUUGCUCGUCAGUGGCCGUGACUAGCAAUGGGAAAAUGCUCGUCAGCGGAGGUAUCGAGGGCCAGGUGCGGGUUUGGAAAAUUGAAUCGUACAUGCAGAGCAUGAUCGGGGUGCUGAAGGAGCACUACGGACCAAUCGAGUCCGUGCACAUCAACAGCUUCGAUACGGAGGUGGUUUCGGCUUCGCGCGAUGGAAGCUGUGUGAUUUGGGAUCUGAUUAGGUUAACGCGAAAGCACGUGAUCUUUGCCCACACACAGUUCAUUGCAGCGCAGUACUACCCAACGGGAGUGCAGAUAUUGACGGCCGGGUCGGAUAAACUGAUCGGAUACUGGGAAGCAUUCGAUGGCAGUCUGGUGCGGGAGGUGGAAGGCUCCAAGUCCGGACCGAUCAAUGCCAUCGAUAUGAACAUGACAGGGGAGUACUUUGUGUCGGCCGGUACGGAUCAGGUGGUCCGACUGUGGGACUACCAACUGGGAGUGGAAGUGGCUGUUGGAAUAGGGCAUGCCAGUGCCAUCACUUCGGCGAGAUACAGCCCGAAUGGAAAAUUUCUGGUGACCGGAUCCAGCGACGGUGGAAUUUUUGUGUGGACCGUUCCGGAGAAAUACCACAUCAAAAUGCCAUUCGCGGAACAAGCUGCCCACAGCAGUAACAACAACCGCAAGACGAACACAGACAGCGGCAGCAAAAGAUCGGUGCCAUGUCGCGCUCCGAAGGCUGCCAACGAAAAUGUCCGCCAGCUGGAAUCGGCUCAGUCAAACCGCUCGAGCCAGAUCGCCAAGUGCCCGGCGGUGGAUCUCAACUCUCAGCCAACGAUCGAUCCAUGUGUCGAUACGGCAUCCCUAGCGGACGACAAAGAACUGCAGGAUCAGCUGGAGACUAGGUCCGUUCACUCUCAAAAAUCGCAAAUAUUCGAUUAGGGCCAUCGAAGAGGAGAAUGCAUUUAUAUUUCUAUAAUUCGUUUACAUAGAGAGCGAUUUUUUUUUUUGACACGUCAAUAUUGUAACCUAAUCGUA